CACUUUAAAAACACAGACAUCACAGGUGCAGGGGGGGCUGACAGUUAAUUUACCUCACGACGGGACACUUACCUGGAUGAGAGCGCUGUCAGUGAACAGAAGAGAGGCGACGAGGCAACAACGAGGAGGUGGAUAAUGUUAAAGAGCGAAGUACAGGCGGAAACCAGCAGCAGAGAACCGUUUCGUAUUACGUCAAUACUCUCUGGGCGACGUCCUUUGGGCCAAUCCAUGCAGAGGGGGGCGGAGUCUGCGGCAAAUGAACAGGCAGUGUGCUGCGGCGCUGGAGGAGAGCAGAAGAGAGAGAGACAGAACAUAUCCAUCCAUCCAUCCAACACACCUAACACCGUUUAUUGCUCUCUGUGGUCUGUGCUGCGAUGUUGAUCCUGGACGUCUUGUCCCCGCUCCUCCUCCUCUCCAUCCUGGCGCUGAGCCGUGUCUGCUGGGCGGCGGACAUCCCUGAGGACGCUACAUCAGAGUUCUCAGUCAGGCUGUACCACCAGCUGCAGGCGGCGGGGGAUCAGGACAACAUAAUCUUCUCCCCGCUGAGCGUGGCUGUAGCCCUGGGCAUGGUGGAGCUGGGAGCCAGGGGGGCUUCACUGGAGGAGAUACGACAGGCUGUAGGAUUCAGCCACCUGCUGCAAGGCAUGGAGUUUUCCUUGCUCCAGAACCUGACCACAGCGCUAACGGACGAUGAUGCCAACUACGUGAUCCGAUUUGCCAACAGCCUCUUCCUCCAGGAGGGCAUCACCUUUAACCCUGAGUUCCUCCAUCUGAUGAGGAAGUACUUCCGGGCUGAAGUGGAAACGGUGGACUUCAGCGAAUCGGCAGCCGUGGCCGAGCAGAUCAACACCUGGGUGGAAAAUCAUACUGAGAGCAAGAUCCGGGAGCUGCUGUCAGCUGAGGACUUCAGCAGCGUGACCCGGCUGACCCUGGUGAAUGCUGUCUACUUCAGGGGCUCCUGGAAAAACCAGUUCAGGCCAGAGAACACCAGGACCUUCUCCUUCAGCAAAGAUGACGGCUCUGAGGUCCAAACACUCAUGAUGUACCAGCAGGGAGACUUCUACUAUGGUGAAUUCAGCGAUGGCUCACAGGAAGCCGGCGGCGUGUACCAGGUGUUGGAGAUGCCCUACGAGGGGGAGGACAUGUCCAUGAUGAUAGUUCUGCCUCGGCAGGAGGUACCGCUCGCCUCCCUGGAGCCCAUCAUCAAAGCGCCCCUGCUGGAGGAGUGGGCAAACAAUGUCAAACGGCAGAAGGUGGAAGUCUACCUACCAAGGUUCAAAGUGGAGCAGAAGAUCGACCUGAGGAGCACUCUGCAGGAGCUAGGAAUAAAGAAGAUCUUCACUACCGAUGCUGAUCUCUCUGCCAUGACAGAUGGUAAGGACCUGUACAUUGGGAAGGCAGUGCAGAAGGCUUACCUGGAGGUGACUGAGGAGGGAGCAGAGGGAGCCGUGGGCUCAGGAAUGAUCGCCCUGACUAGGACUCUGGUGCUGUAUCCUCAGGUCAUGGCCGAUCACCCAUUCUUCUUUGUCAUUAGACACCGGAGGACAGGGUCCAUCCUCUUCAUGGGCAGGGUCAUGACCCCUGAAGUCAUCGAUCCCAACGACCACGACUUUGACUCCAUGUAAUCACAGCGCGAGGUCACUCAGUCUCAGCCAAUCAGAUCCUGACGUCAUUAAAAAAAUGCUACGUGUCCUCUAUCGCCAUCUUCAGCUGUGUUUUAUACUCUUGAGAAGAAAAAAAAAAGAUAUAAACUGAAUAUUAUACGGAUAUAUUAUAUAUUGAAAUAUGACAAACGACAUCUAAUGUGACUGUGUUUUGAUACUGGAAGCUUUAAACUCUUGGAUACAGAUGUGUCGGACAAGGAAGUUGUAAAUAUUCUCCAGUGAAGGAUUGUUUGUAUAUGAGAAGGACGAACACAUGAUAUGUAAUCCACGCACAGCCCCUUUAAGUUCAGCAGCUUCACACUCACUCGCGCCCACACGCGAUGCACAGAAACAGAUUUCUCCACUUCUUCUUAAAAAAAACCUCUCUCUCACUCCGGAAACUGUAUGCGUCACAAUGUAAGUUUCACACUUUAAUUAUAUCACUGUACAUCUGACAUUGUGUUCUAUAUAUACAUAUAUAUGCUCCGUAUUUAUUACAGAACAAACAUGUGCAAACAUUUUCUCCUUAUACGAUGAAUCUUAGUAAUAUAUCCGCUCCAGACAGUAUUGAAGUCAUUUUAUUAUUUUUUUUUUUUUACAAUGUAGGCACAUGGCUGAUCUGCUGAUGAACUAAUAUGCCUUAUCACAUCUGAGUGGUCAAUUAAGAACCAGUUGGGCAUCUCACAGGUGAGCAAAGGGGACUGCGUAACUAAGGCGGGUUGCUAUAGAGACGGACUGGAGCAUGCAGUUGCACAGUAAAAGAUCCGCUGCACCGUUUUGGAUGUACAUACAUACAUACAGGGAGAAACAGUAACACCAGCUGUAUUCAGUCUUUUACUCAAUAAAAACAUGAAUGUGUUCCCAUUAAAAAAA